AUGGCCGAAGGCAGGCAGAUCGACGAGCAGGACGAGCGGCUGCUCGGCAGGACGCCCUACAUGCAGGAGCACGACAUAGCCUGCAAGCGGGAGCUGCAGAGCGAUGAGAGACUGAGUAUGCUCAUGAGGAACGAGGAGUUUCUGGCCUCCUUCAAGUCACGCUACGUCGAGCACCAGUACGAUGUCUACAACGACUACAUCUCGGCGAAGUUUAAGAAGACUGAGAAGAAGCUGCGCCGGAUUUUCACGGUCGAAAAUCACCUAUGCGAGAUUUUCUCGGUCCAUCUGACUUACGCCGCCAUAGAGAAUCUGGCAAAAAUAUAUUUUUCAAUUGAAUUUCAUAACUUGACUCAGAAAAAAUCAGCUGGAUUGGAACUGCCGAAUAAUGCUACGUCUAUCAGGGAGAACAUAGUGGAUACUUUUUCCUGCGAGAAUCGAAUCUACGGUUAUUAUGCGGAUAUCGAUAACGACUGCCAGAUCUUCCAUAUUUGUCUACCUACGGCAAGGAAUUCAAUUCGAUUCAGUUUCAUCUGUCCAGCUGAAACAGUUUUCAACCAAGCCACGUUCGUCUGCACGCGAACCGAAAGCUCGAUACCGUGCGAGGAGUCCGAGAAGUAUUACAGUCUGAACGAGGCGUUUGGCAAAGUAGACGAGAACACUGAGGAGACGGUCACCGACUCCAAUGGCAACGAAAUCGAGCCAACGUCGUAUCCGAACCAAAGGCCCACGAGGCCAACGAGACCCCCGACUGGACAGCAGGGCUCUAGUCCUUACCCGACGCAGAGGCCCACGAGACCGACGACUUAUCCGACCUAUACACCGGAUUAUCAAACUACACAGUUUACCCAGCGGCCACCAAGCCAGACCCAGAAUAAGAAGCGUAGACAAUAAUUUUGGUGCGAUCCUAUAAAUAGCGCUGCAUUUUAUUGUUGAAUGUGAUU